AUGAUCCUCGAGGGACGGUUUCGCCUUCACCCAUAGCAACAUCGUAAACAACCUGAACCCCCGUUACACAGACAGCCGCUCUCACCACUGCAGAAUGACUGAGCCUGCCCCACCCACCAUUGACAGAGCGCCUAAACCGGGCCCACCACCCUACGCGCCACACUCGGGCACCGUCAACCCUCAGGCCCCGACCCCCCAGGAGUACCAGGGACCAGGGGUAGUCCCAUACCAACCCGAUAACUACAACCCCCCUUACCAGCAGCCCGUCAUGCAACAGCCUAUGCCCAUGCAGACGAUGCAGUCGCACAACACCACGGUGGUGGUGGCGGGGCUAGGAGGGGGCGGGCCAGUGUACGUUCCCCCCCGGGGAUGGAGCACGGGGCUGUGUGGGUGCUUUGAAGACGUUAUGGGAUGUCUGUGUGUGAUGUUCUGUCAAGAGUGUUACGGGUGCCACCUGGCGUCGAAGGCUGGGGAAACGUGUUGUCUCCCCUGCUGUGUGCCGGGCUGGCUCAUAUCACUCCGCGCCCACAUCAGAGGAAAGCACAACAUCCAGGGCUCCAUCUGCGACGACUGCUGCAUGGUGGUCUGCUGUUACCAAUGCACGAUGUGCCAGCUGUCCCGGGAGAUCAACAACAUCAACAACGGCAGGGCAGCCAGAUAGAUAGAUACACCAUGGAGAGAUAGCUAGAUACACCAUGGAGAGAUAACUAGAUACACCAUGGAUACACCAUCCUGCGACUAUAAGUUCUCAUGACCGAUAUUGAGAAUGAAAUCAUUUUUUCCGAAAAGGAAAUUUCAGCUCGUUCCAAGCAUUUGAAGGAACAGCAGAUAAAUAAAUAAUGUGGUAUAUCAACCUUCGUAUUGGGUGUGCAAACAUUAAAUAUUGGUUGUGUCAGCGAUACAUGUUGGAUGUGUAAACGUUAUUUUUUUAAUCACAUGCCAUGGUCGACGUGAAGUGUGAUCUACGUCAUGUGUGGUCUACCUAAUGUGUGGUCUACGUCAUGUGUGAUCUACGUAAUGUGUGGUCUACGUGAUGUACGGUCUAACGUCAUGUGUGGUCUACGUCAUGUGUGAUCUACGUCAUGUGUGAUCUACGUCAUGUGUGGUCUACUUAAUGUGUGGUCUACGUAAGAUUUCGUAACUUAACAUUCCAGAUCAAGUUAACUGAAAAACGAAACGAAAAACGAAAUCGGCCUAUAUCCUCUUGAUUUAUCCUGUUGAUAUUAUCAACUUCUCAAGAUAACACGAGGAGGUGUUUCGCUGAUAUGGCCUAGUUGUGUACCUGCGCACAGUGUACCGUAAUGCAGCGUUUAGUGUGUUAACAUUUAAUGUGUAUUCUCACCUUUUCGUGAACACCUGGUAUCAUUCCUAUCUGAUAGUGAUAGUGAUUUAUAACACAUACUCAUGAUGUAGUCGGAAUCGUACAAUCGACUCUGCUUUAUGCUGAGAUUUCUAUUGGAUAUGGAAAGGGUGAUUUAUUAUCAUAGUCGGAAUAGAACAAUGGACUCUGCUUUUUGCAGACAUUUUUCGGAUUAGGGAAAGGUUUUUGUUUGUUAUAUUGGAACAGUUUUUUAGCUUUUAACUCCUCCACCUUUGUUUGAGACUUAUCUAAUCUCAUAGUUACAUGUUAUAUGUCCAGGGAUGUGUUUGUUCCCAUGACUUCAGAACGUCAGUGAUAUGUGUUCCAUUCCUCCACAUUCAGAACUUUCUUAAAGAAAAGAUAAGCCGCGGCUCUGGUGAAGUAUUUCAUUUCAAACCUGUAUUGUAAAGUUCUGUCAGCAUCAAGAAUGUAUUUGCAGACAUCAUGCAAAUGAAAUUUGUUCUUUCGAUGAGGAUCGGAAUAUCAAGGAUGUUUCUUUAAUCAGCACUUCAAAGUGAAAUCCAGUGAAGUCGUUGCACAAACGGAAUGUAGAAUAAGUGUAUUUGAGUCACCAAUUUUAAAAUCAAUGUGUGCUUAUGAAAUUCAUUUUGAUGCCUAUUAGGGGUGUUAUAGUUGUUAAAGAGGUCAAUACCCAUUAAAUUCUAUGUCACAACCUCAAGUUUCAAAUUAAACAAUUGUAUGUAUAAGUAUACAAUACUGUUGACGUGAAUAUGGUAAAUGUGGGAUUUGAAGCAAAGGCUCUCUGAAGGUUACGGAAGCCUUUUAUACGGAAGCUUUUUUGGGCCAUUUUGUUCUGGAAAUUUCAAAAUGUCAUGUUCAAGUUUCAAGAUACAUACUAAGUUGAAAUUUCAAGAUAAUAAGUUAAUAUAUUGAAAUUUCAACUUAGCAUUUUGAAAAUUCAAGUUAGUAUCUUGUAAUUUCAGCUUACAUGUAUGUAUCUUGAAAUUUCAACUAAGUAUCUUGAGAUUUCACAAAAGAAUAUAAAAACAAAUGGCCCUAAAAGGCUUCAGUAGAAGGUAGACUGGGCGGUUGUAUUUGUAAGAAAUAAGUACAUGUACCUGCUUUUAUUAUGCACAUAGCUUUCAAACAUAUUACUAGGACACUAAUAUGAUUUAAAUGGAAUACUAACACACAUGAAAACAGUUUUCCUUCUUGACCUUAUUCAUAAACAUUUUUCAAAGGAAAAAGCGACAUAAGUGUCAUGUCUUCUAUUGUAGUAAAACAUAUCCUGCUAAGAAUAACAUCAUACUAUAUGGUUUUUUAAACUUAUGUUUUUGUAUGCACCAGCCUCAGAAACAAACUGUGCAUUUACUGUACUGGGGGCUAUCUCACUGUUUUAAUGCAUUUGGGGAAACGCAUGGAAGAUAUCGAACCACAUAUAUUGUGACAAGGUCACACUUCAGUAAGCGUUAAAACAUAGAAUGAGUUUCUACCCCAGUAAAAUGUUUAUCCAGCGUCCAGAUAAGUUAAUGUACCGUCAGGUGUGGUUAGGGAAAUAUCCCUUUACGUUUUUUCAAUUGUCUUGCAAAUGUAUUACAACAGUUGGAAUAAUAAACAAAACAAAUGUU